UAUAGUAUGCCGCGCUGUCUGAUAACCUCGGGCGCGUUCUGCUCUGCGACAUGACGCGCUUGGUGUAUCUGCGCGUGUGGAAAGGCUACCGCGAAGCACAAUGCGGGUGGAUAGAAGUCAAGGAAGAGCCCCAGCAAGAUACCACCCAUCCCCUCCGCUCUAUCACGCUGCUGGUAAUGCUGGCGCCCAGGCGGAAACUAAUGGAGGUAUGGCGUGUGCUACCUACCUGUGUGCGAUUGCGUGCGGUGGAUGUGGGGCCGUAUGCGCGGCUCGUUACAUCGGUACACACAACACUGAACACGCAGGGCAAAGCGUUUGUAAUGAGUGACAACCCGUUUAUAGGAAGUAAAGGUACGGACGGGAAGGGGCGUACAAGCAAGGUAGACCGGCGGCAGUCGUAUUGUUAUGUGUUGCGUGGCACGGGCGUGUUAGAGACCGUUACGCUUUCCUACGCAGAGGCGGUCGCCGUUUGAGCGUCCAAGCAGCCACUGACCACGGCGUAGAAUGGGUGCAACCCAAAUAAAUGUAAUUUAGUAGAGUCCA